CAGAUAUAGACUGGAAGUAUAAACACAGAGCUAUUAAAUCACAGCAUGGAACCAGAAAUAGAGGACAGAUUUGAGGAAGAGAUUCUGAGAAUUGCAGAGACAGAUGAACGUUUUCUGACAUAAAACAUAUGCAUGAUAUGCAAGGAAUUUCAAAGACAAAUGUUUUAUCAAAACCAAAUUCCAUAAUCAUUUUAUGGAAGUUUUAAAAGCUGCAAGAAAAGGUGGUCUUCAAAAAGAAAGAAUUGUAGGGAUUCAAGGCAUUGGAAAACUUUCAUCAGCUAUGUAUUACAUUCUUAGUUGCAGAAAAAAUGAAGAUGGAGGCAUUCAUUAUGUUGACUUGAGUGUUAUUCAAAAGAGGGAUAAGAAUUUAGAAAAGUUCUCUCAAUAUAUUGCCAGUGUUAAAAAUGAUGAUUGUUUGGUCAUUGAUCAUGUGACCUUCUUUAACAGAAAGUUAGUCGAAAAAAUUGAAAAAAUCACAUCUUUUUCAAAAAUAAUUUUAAUAGAAUCUGGUUUUACUGCAUGUGUUAAUUUGACAGGCCUUGACUUCAACAAGGACUUUCAGCUAGAUUUAAAUGACUUUAAAAAGAUUUGGAACGGAAUGUUGUCAGUCAAAUGUACUGAUUUCCCAGAUCGCCAUGAAUUAAUUAAUUCUUUAUUCAAAGUAGAUGAUAAGGUAUUUCAUGAGUUAAAGGAUAAAUUCAUAAUUACCCCAAGAUUAUUACAUGAUACAUUUGAUGAAAUGUUCAUAUUUGGUAAAAAAAUUAAUGAAAUUUCAUACUGUGCAGAAGUAAAAUUAAGAGAAGAGAUUGCAAUGUUUGAAGAAGAAGUGAAAAGCAGUAAUUGCGAAACAUUUUUACUUGAUACUAAGCUACUUUUGGACUGCCUUGGUGGGCAUGGUGAAAACACAGUUUGUACACUUUCACAGUUUUCUAAUUUUAAGGUAGCUAUUAAUAUAUUUGACGUUAGAAUUCAUAAAGUAACAAGGCAGGAUUUGGAAGAUAAUUGUCGAUUUUACGAGCUUGAGCUGGAAGAAAAAGAUAGAUAUAUAACUAUCAGCCAUUUAGUGCCAUUUCUUAGUCGACAUUGGAUAGAAAAGUUCCCUUUCAAGUUGAAAGAGGUAUUUAAUUGUGAACAUGGUGAAGAUGCAAAUAGAAUUUUGGAUUUUAGUCUACAAAAUGGUAGUUUGAGGAAAAUGUUCAAGGAUUGUAUUGUAAAUUGUCAAGUGAAAAAUGAUUUUGUUAUUAUUCCGGAUAAGUCUAAAUUGUAUGAUACAAUUAGUUCAGAAGAUUUGGGUUCACAUGUGUAUAAUCAGUGUGACGGCGUCAUGAAGCCCAGAAAGUUGUACUGCUUAAGACCAAAAAGUGAAGUUUUAAAAGAUACAAUACAGGAGAAAUAUAAAGGUCAUUUUGAAAAUGUGUAG